CAUGUCCCAAAUUACCCACUAUUCUCUAAUUCAUGUAUUCUUUGCCCUUAACCCAUCUCGAGGGACCUCACUCUCUUCGUUGGAGGGGUUUGAGGGAUAGAAUCAUUCGAUUUGUUCGAUCUUUAUUUUAGUAUGUCUGAUUUAUCCUCUAAGCUAAAAAAUUUAUUUUACUCUCUAUAUGUUUGAUGAGGUCCUUUAACAUUUUUUUUGGUUAUCCAUCUUGGGGAAUAAAAUUCACAACAACGAGAACAACUAUAGUGUUAAAAAGGGUUCGUGAACCACUUCUCUCUUACUUUAUUUUGAAAAGUUGUGCUCUCCCUUAUCUCUAAAACUCUUCAUCUUUCGUCUUCUUCGCAAGGCAGCCACCAGCUCCUUCUAGUUACUAGUGGUAGCUCAACCUUGUACUUUUCUUGCGUUUUCAGUAUUUUUUUCCAGUUAUUUCUAGCAUUUUCAAAUCUAUGUUGUCUUUUCUUUUCUCCAAGGUGGUUUCAUCCACAGUGUCUGAUCUAGGUUUCUAGGUCUGGUUUGGCCUUGCUCUUAUAAGGAUCUGAAAAUUUGCCGCGCCUUGACAUCCUCUAAUGGAGUUUCGAUGUCGGGGGGUUAUUCUCUUUGUUGGUGUGCUUAUUUUUUUGAGCAUAUUCAUCGAUCGUUCUUUCCUUUCCGUCUUCCUCUGGUUUGCCUGUGAGCUUCCUCUCACACCGACCAAAGCAUUGGUCGGGUGUCGUUUUUGGUGGUUGUUGAUCGUGAUUCUUUAAAUUUUUUGGAGACUAUGAAGGAAGUUGUUUUGCUCUAUGGAAAGUAGCUAACUUUGUUUGUAAUUUGUAUCCUUCCAAUAGGAAUAAUCAACGUUAUGUGCCUGUGGGUGAACCAACGGGUCCAACCGCCCGCCCAAGCGAGAGAAAAACCGAGACCCGGACACAACCACAGGCUAGGUAGGUACAAAACGACACCGAGUAUUGAGAUUUACGUCAUCCGAAAAAGUUGCAGUUUUUUUGGUUUGUUUUCUUCCCCAGUGCAGAGGAGAAAGAGAGCUGAGAGCUUUUCUCUCUUUGGCUCUUGCUGCCUGUGAAAGCUGCUGCGUCGUACCGGAUUCGAGGCGGUUGCACCCCGUUAAAAGGUUCGUUCCUCCGCCGACUCAAGAUAUUUUUCUCUCAAACAGAGUUAAGCCGAUGAUCUGACGAACUAGUCGGGAACCUCUCGUUGUGUUGAAUUUUCGGAGUUGUGGAUCUUCUCAUUUCCGGUCCGUUUUAUGCGUUCAUGCCUGCUGGGAUGUGGGUUUUCGAGAUUCGGUUAUGGCAAUGUGGGGGGAAGGAGAUGGAAUCAAUGGAGGCUCGAAUUGGUUUGGGUUUCCCAACGGAUGAAAUCUUGUUUCCAACUAUGUAUAUCCCAACUUCCAUUUCUACCGUGUGAUUUUUUGACGGGGUUUUGGCCAUUCCUUCCCCGCUGCCUUCUUCGUUUGUAGGUUUUGGGAUUAUUGGGUCGGUUCUGUUGCUGUCCAACAUGAGCUUCACGGGUCCUUCAAUGGCUUCUGGUGGUAAGACUGCUAGUAAAGCGUUUGAUUUUGGGAAGACGGUUGUGGUUAAGCCCAAAGGCAAGCACCAAGCUACUGUGGUUUGGCUGCAUGGCCUUGGUGAUAAUGGCUCAAGUUGGUCCCAGCUCUUGGAAACCAUCCCUCUUCCAAAUAUUAAAUGGAUAUGUCCAACCGCUCCAACUCGACCUGUAACUCUAUUUGGUGGUUUCCCAUCUACAGCAUGGUUUGAUGUUGAGGAACUUUCGGAGGAUGCGCCGGAUGACUUGGAGGGCCUGGAUGCUGCUGCAACACAUGUUGCUAACUUAUUGUCAACAGAGCCUGCUGACAUUAAAGUAGGCAUCGGAGGCUUUAGUAUGGGUGCAGCGACCGCGCUAUACUCUGGGGCCUGCUUCUCAGUGGGGAAGUAUGCAAAUGGCAACCCGUUUACAGCUAAUUUGAGUGCUGUUGUUGGAUUAAGCGGCUGGCUUCCUUGUGCAAAGAGAUGGGGUAAAGAACUUGAAGGAGUGGAUGGAGCAGCUGACCGUGCAGCAGCCCUGCCCAUUUUGCUAUGUCAUGGAAAAGCUGAUGAUGUGGUUUCUCACAAAUACGGCGAGAAGUCAUCUCAUGCGUUGAGCUCGCUUGGAUUCAAAGACGUAGCAUUCAAAUCGUACAGUGGACUUGGGCACUACACAAUCCCUCAAGAGAUGGAUGAGGUCUGCGCCUGGCUAUCGUCCAAAUUGGGGCUCGACGCCAGCUCCUCAUCACUAAAGUGACAUGGGAAAUGAGAGGCUGGAAAGAGGGAGGGUCAACAACCUGAUGAAACAAACCAGUGGAGCCAAAAGUUCUAGACAUGUAAGGCUAGCUACCCUUUGGUGGUUCACAUUAUUAGUGUAUUGUGAGCAAUGAGAAACUUGGGUUACUCUGCACUCUUUUCAAUCAUGAGCUUGAUGUAAUUUAUUAUCCACUUUUGGAUACAUAUAUUCUUUAUGGUAUUUUGACAACCAUAAUGUACAAUUGAAUCGAUUGGUGUACUUUCUUUUGGAUAGAGUAUAAUAGAACAUGUAUGAAUGGCAUGGACCAUUCUGUUCAAUAUUUUGACCGGAUUCGAAGUCGCUUGUUUUGGAUCGAAGCUAGGUCGGAUUCAUCUGUAUCAUUAUAGAUUUGCACUUGUAUAGCCAAAACUAGCAUCGUGUUCUUACAUUUCAUCAACGUACGAGCACAUCGAAUCAGUGUUCUUCACUAAGACAAAUUAAAUCUACUAGCACAUCAACAUCAAACUGCUAACCGAAAUACGUAUAUCCAAUACUUCCCGGCAAUUGAACUAGGUUGGUCCCCAGAUUUAGUUGUUUCUGUUAACCCUACAAACAAGACAAUUGCAUUGAUGAAGAUAAUACCACAUUGACUUCUGAAUCAAUUUCAAGAAAUCAUUUCCACCAACUAGGAAAGUGCCAGUACAAGGCAUGAAUACAAUUACAGACCAACA